UUCAACGAAGUAAUGUAUUGUGAACACUACAGUGCUACAUCUGCAUUAGUAUACUUGUGAUAAAUUCCAUUAUGUUUUCGAUUUUUGAAAUAUUAGCUUUAACGACACUGUGCGCUAGUGUCGCUCAAAGUGAAUUAAUAGCGCCAUGCCCUCUUAACGACGAUGUCUGUUUUGAGAAGUCCGUUAACAAAGCCCUGCCUCAGUUUAUGUCUGAAAACAAAGCCCUUGGGGUCGAAUCAUGUGAUCCCUUGAAACUUGACCUAAUUGAGGGCGACAUGCCCGAUAUUAAAUUUAAGUUUUUUUCCCCAAUCACUACGGGACUCAAGCAGUGUAUUGUCAAAAAUGUGAAAAUGAACUUAGGUGCGCUUAAAGUACACAGCGAGCUUGUCUGUCCGAAUCUAGAAACAACUGGCAAAUACGAAAUCUCUGGACGUCUCAUUAAUUUACCAAUUGAGGGAAAUGGAGACUUCAAAAUCCCUGCCGGGUCAUACAAUAUCAUCCUCGAUAUGGAUUUGGAAACUGUGGUUGGAGAUGACAACAAAGCAUAUCUCUCCAUCAAAUCUUUCAAACAGAAAACCGAAGCAACAUCUCCAAUUUCCUUCGACUUCAAAACCCUUUUUAAUGGACAAAAGGAUCAGGCGGACAAUGUCCUCACAUUUGCUAACCAGAACUGGAAGCAGGUCUCCGAUCUCCUGCUGGAACCUAUAUGGUACAACAACAUGAAGAAAAUGUUUUUUAACGGCAACAAAUACUUAAUGACUGAACCCAUUGAUCAAAUGUUCAUAUCACCUUAGGUUGUUAAAGUAAAAAUACUAUACAUUUGUUACAUGUAAUAGUAUGUAACAAAUGAAUACACAUACAUUAGUAGCACAUAUAACUCAUGUAUAACUCUCGUGUUUUUUCUAGACAAAAUAUUCUUCGGCUAUGAGUCGCUAUAAUAGUAGGUACCUGGCUCUUUUGAGGUUUGAGCAUAAAGAGCUCAAUUGAAAAAUACCGUAGUUUUAUACAUAUUAUUGAUAUUUUUACUUUAAUAAUAAACUAUUUUAUAUCUAU